UCACGACGCUGAGGCCCGCUGCGCGGUGACGUCAUGACGCGCGCGCUAUCCUCGUCGAGGCCUGCGGAGCGGAGCCCGCGCCCUUUUCGCGACGAGGAGGAGGAGGAGGCGGACGACCCGCGGCGCCGCGCGGCCGCGCAUGGAGUGAGCAGCGAGGAGGGAGCGCGGCGCAGCGGCCACGCGGCGAACUGAACCAUGAAUAUGGAUCAGGACAGCAUCAACACCGAGCUGCAGUUCCAAGAGGAGAAUGUGAUCGCCACUUUGGUAGAAAUGGAACAAGAUCAGCCAUUGGGCGAUAUAGAUGGAUCCCAUUUGAAGGACAUUGACAUCAAAAGAGAUGGAAAUACUUGCUCUGAUGUUAUCAAAGUUUACAUCUUCAAGACGGAAAAUGGGCAAUACAACUCCGGGGCAGCGUCUGGUGUGGCCAUCGACCCUUCGCAUGUGCAUAUCAAGCAGGAAGAUGUGGCAGUGCUGGAUUCCACGAGCAUCACCACAGUUCCACAGGAAGAGCUCGUGUACAUGGCAAUGGAUGGUCCGCAGGAUCAAGUGCAGGAGAUCAGCUGUGCGGACAUGACGGACGACGUGUACAUGGAGGUGAUUGUUGGUGAUGAUGAGGCGGUCACGCUGGAGUCGGAGCCCCGAGUGGAGGAAAUGGCCCUCAACGAGGAGAUCCUGCCCGUGUCCUGGACGUCCGCAUAUGCAGAAGGCGGCGUGGAUGCAGUGGACAGCAACGGCGUGCUGAGCCUGUCGAGCAAGGCCGAUGAAGUGAUCUUGACUCCCACAAACAAAACCGACCAUCGCAGGCAAAGCCGAAAGAAGAACGUCGCCACUCGGAUGCAGCACACUAUGAGUAUUAUCGUAGGCCCGAAUGGGGAAAAGAUCCGAGUGCACCCUUGCUUUGUGUGCGGGAAGAAGUUCAAGACAAAGGGAUUCCUGAAGAAACACAUGCUAAACCAUCCCGAGGAUCACCUGGGGCGGAAGAAGUACCAGUGCACCGACUGCGACUACACCACCAACAAGAAGGCCAACCUGCACACCCACCUCGAGGGCCACCGCCUGGGCCACCCCAAGGACCGGCCGUAUGAGUGCGACGAGUGUGGCAAGCAGUUCUCGCAGCCCGUCGCGCUCACCAACCACAAGCUGACACACAAGACCAAGGGCGCCAAGAUGAACAAGUGUCGCUUCUGCGACUACGAGACGGCCGAGCCGUCGCUCCUGAGCCACCACCUGCAGGCCGUGCACAGCAAGAGCUUCCCGCACUGCUGCCCCGAGUGCGGGAAGCGCUUCCGCCACCCGUCGGAGCUCAAGAAGCACGUGCGCAUCCACACGGGCGAGAAGCCCUACGCUUGCGCCCACUGCGAGUACCGCAGCACGUCCAGCUCCAACCUCAAGGCGCACAUGCGGUGUCGCCACGCCAGCGCGCUGCCCUACAGGUGCGACGACUGCAGCGCAGCGUUCCUCACGGGCUCCGAGCUGCAGAAGCACGCCGCGGUGCACCUGGGCGCGGACCGCGUUUUCCAGUGCCAGCACUGCAGCCACCUGAGCGCCACGGCGGGCGAGCUGGAGCGCCACGUCGUGUCGGUGCACACGGAGGACUUCCCGCACAAGUGCGACGUGUGCGGCAAGGGCUUCUACCGGCCCUCUGACCUCAAGCGCCACAUGGUGGCGCACACGGGGAAGAAGCAGCACCACUGCCGCCACUGCGACUACCGCAGCGCGGACCCGUUCAGCAUCGCCCGGCACAUCCUGUCCGUGCACACCAAAGACAUGGCCUACAAGUGCAAGCGCUGCAAGAACUCGUUCCGUCAGCACAAGGAGCUGAAGAAGCACAUGCGUCAGCACCAGGCGAAGAAGGUGUACCAGUGCGAGUACUGCGACUACAACACGACGGACGCGUCGGGUUUCAAGCGGCAUAUCAUCUCCAUCCACACCAAGGAGUACCCGCACCGUUGCGAUUUUUGCAACAAGGGCUUUCGCCGGCCCUCCGAGAAGAACGCUCACAUAAUAAAACAACACAAAGGGCAAGUGUAGGCCUGCAGGGAGAUGGGAGGUGGUGUGUGGGCCCCUAAGAUGCUCGGCCCUGAACGCUUUGCUCUACCGAACCACAUGUUGUUUAUUCUAUCGUCAUCAUCAUCUAUAUUGAAAUCUUCUCCGCUGCACGCGCACACUGUGUGCGCGUGCGUGCAUUAUUCACAAAAAACACACAUUUCUUGUGUAUAUUUGUAUGUUUUACAAAGUAUUGUGUUUGUGGAUUAUAUUUGUAAAUGUAAAGCUGUAACAUAAUAAUAAUUAAUAGUUAUCAUUUAAGGGUAAAGUUGUUAUUCUCCCAUUUUGUUUUUGGGAAAGGUAGUAUUUGGGGGUAAAAAAAAACAACACCUGGCUGAACGUAUCUCGUUCUUUACGUUCAACUUGUGAUUUUUACUUCUAUUACAGUGAGCGUCCCACCUACCUGUAAAUGCUUGUCAGUUGUGAAUGAAAUUCAAAAAAAAAUAAAACUGCUUUUGUACAAUUUA